CCUGUCGUGCCAUUCGGAGAUGAAAAUUCCACGCGCACUGAUGGCUAACUGAAGGAGCAGCUGAGUUUGGAUGCACCAAGAGAAAAAACGCAGGGACUCUGGAAUAUCACUCAGUUUCUGUUCAUCUUCUUCCAUUUACCAGAUUCAUCUUCUACUUUGCAUAUUGUGAGCUGUGAAUCCUAACAGAUCAUAAUGAUGACCAAACCAUUUGGAAAGAGCAGCGAUGUGAGUGAACUUGUGAGCUCCCUUGGCUGGCUAGAGCAGGACGGCAGCUCUCAGGAUGGAGAAGAAAGCCCAGAGAUGAGAGGGCAACAUGGCCUGACUAUCCACUCCUGCACAGAGCUGGGCAGUGAGGACAUGGAUGAGGAAGAUGAGGAAGAUGAGGAGGAGAUUGGGCCAAAUGGAGAAACAGCCCCUAAAAGGAGAGGCCCUAAGAAGAAGAAGAUGACCAAAGCUCGACAGGAGAGGUUUCGUGCCCGGCGGUUCAAAGCAAAUGCCAGAGAGCGCUCACGAAUGCACGGCCUAAACGAUGCUCUGGAGAGUCUGCGAAGAGUGAUGCCCUGCCACUCCAAGACACAGAAGCUGUCAAAGAUCGAGACUCUUCGUCUGGCCCGCAACUACAUAUGGGCUCUGUCUGAGGUGCUGGAGAGUGGCCAGUCCCCAGAGAGCCAUGGCUUUGUGGAAAUGAUGUGCAAGGGUUUGUCUCAGCCUACUAGUAACCUGGUGGCUGGCUGCCUGCAGUUAGGCCCAAGCCCCAUGAUGCUCAACAAGCUGGAGGACAAUUGUGGAGGCCCUGUGGUCAGUGGUAUGGGGGGUCAGACUGGGCAUCCCCUCAGCUACCCAUCUCCAGGACUUCCAAGUCCCCCAUAUGGCUCCCUGGAGGCUUCCCACCUCCUCCAUAUGAAGGGAUACAAGGGGCCUGUAUAUGACAACCCCUCCCCUAACGAGUGCAGCAGUGGCACCCCGCCGUACGACGGACCCCUCACUCCUCCUCUCAGCAUCAGUGGUAACUCUGCCCUGAAGCAAGAGCCCUCUCCACAUGAGUCAGAGAGGAACUACACCACCCACACCGGCCACCAUGCCCACUACCUCUCGUCACACCAUUACCCCUCUUCCACAGCAGGAGGGCCUCAGAGCCACCCACUCUAUCAUGCUUCACGCUACGAGCUUCCCCUAGAUGUGGCCUUUGACUCCUAUACUCCCUCUCACCUGAUCAGCUCUCAGAUGGGCACAAUCUGAGGUGUGACCAUGAAGGGUGAAGAGGAAACUGAAACUGAUCAGGAGGAAAAACUAAACUCUUGAAUGAACUGCUGAGAAAGCCACAGCUGUGGUUUUGAGUGUACAGAGAAAAGGGUUUGCAUUUAUGUUUUUUGGGACUCUGGGGGAGCGCUGAGUGCUCAGAAAGACUCACCAACUCAACUCAAUCUACCUGAUACAAACACGCACCCAUGACUUUUAAUUAUUAAUUUAUUAUUUUUAUGCUCCAUUCUUUUGAUUUUUCUUAUUAUUUUUUAAGUAUCAAGCCUUUAGUUGUUACAAAGUGACUAAAGAUGAUUUGACCAAAUCUGUUAAACACACUUGAGCUUCUCAUUCAUGGUUCUGUGAUGCAACUGGGCUCAAACAAGAACAUACAGACUUGUUAGAAGAUCUGCUAGUCUGCAUAUCAGAAAAAAUGAUCAAAAGCUAAACUUAAAUUGUGCCCAACUAAUGCCCCCCAUCAUAGGAAAAGCAAUGCAUUUAUUUAUAUCUGUAUUUAAUAUUUAUUUUGAUAACGUCUUGUCCUUUUUUAUAUUUCUCUCAGCACAGGUUUUUUUUGUUUCACUGUCUUCUUGGUCUGUUGUGAGUCACUGGCAUCUGUACUGUAUUUAAUUUAUUUAUUUGAGGUCUUUCAGGUAUUUGUUCAUUUUAUGUCACAGUUUUUGUCAUACAGUACUGUUGUAAAUAUUUCACUGUUUCGCACUUAAUUGAAUAAAUAUUCUUAUAUUAUA